AUGGAUGAAACAAUUAAUGUCUCAGUAACGGUAGAACAGCUAAGAGCAGCAGGAAACGACGCAUCAAAGCAACUAUUCCCUCUGGUCAAGCUUGGCAAAUAUUACUUAAAAAAGGCGAAGACAACCGCAAAUGGGGCUGAUUUCACAAAAGCCGACGCAAUUUUCAAUGCUGCUCUUGUAAGAUCGAGACUUGUGAACGAUGAAAAAAGCGAAAACGAAAUACUUCAAGAAAUCGUUGAUAUUUAUCGCGAAUUUCUGUUGUCUUUGGCAAAUGAUGUGGAGGUCAGCUGUGUAGAUGAGAUUCGCAACGAAAUUGAUUCUCAUAAGGAGUUCGUAGCCAACGAGAGACGGGUCUUCAAAGAGCGUCUUGAUGAAAUUGAUUCUUGCUUCAAUACGACUGAUAAAACCGAGGAUGAAUAUAAGGUAUAUUUGAAAGUUAAAGUGUAAUUUAUAUCUAUUUAAGGAUUUAUAUAAGGGAAAAUUAUAAGAAAUUAGUACGCGUAUAUGUAUGUCGCUUAUCAGUCGGAAUACAUCACCACACGUCGGUUUAGGAAUUUAGUCAUUGUUUUCAAUCUUUUUCAUGUCGUCGUUCCAAUUUAGAUAAAGUCCGUAUAAAACUGUCAACCUCUAGUAUAGAGAAUAUACAGUUUCGACCUAAACCAAGUCAUAAAUUGUUUCCCUUUCCGUCAUUCAAAUUCGGCCACCGAAAAUCCGCGUGAUUUGUUAAAUUCUUAAAUAUUUAUUUUUCCCGAAAUAUUCAAGCUGUUUGCUACUUUGCUAUCUUGAAAUUUUGCCCUUGAGCAAUUCAAGAUUUGUUUUAAUUAACCAGCGUCUUAUGGGUUUACUGUUGGUCGAGUGUUGAAUGUCGAAGGCGAGGGUAAAAUGUCGAGGAUAAAAAGUCGAGGAUCAAAUGCCGACUAUUACAUGUCGAGGGUAAAAAAUAAAAAAAAAACUAUAUUAAGGUCAGGUAACCGCUUCGGAUAAGGAAAAAGCAACGUCUACGUGAUCUUCUCGGCAGGGCUGUAAAUACUCGUUACAAUUGUAACACGUUACUGUGUACUCGUUACAUUUGAAGUAAUCUUAACCUGGCGUAAUUAAUUACGUUUUUAGAAAUGUAACGAAAAACGUAAUCAAUUACAAAAGCAAGGAACGUGUUCCUUAUCCAAGAUGGAAAUUGAAAAUUCCUUUUCUUAUUUUGUUAAAACUAUAAAAAUAAAAAAUACAACGUUAACGACAAAAAUGGCUGAAAUAAUUUUCAACGAGAUCACAUGACAUGAUAACCUUCAUGAAGUACUAUGUAUUGCGAAAGUGGAAACCAUGCACAAUUUGUUCUGAGGCUCAGAGCGCCAAAUAUUGGCGAAUAAAGUUAUAAGUUUACAUGCUUCGAUUUGCAUGUCAAAUGUUUUAAUACAGUAUAUUGAAAUAUCGUCUUGAUAAAUUCUCGCACUGAAUUUCAAAGUUUAAACUUUUUUAUUUACAACCACUGUUUAAGAUAUUGUCUCAUAAUAUAAAUAGUACAUAACCGGCAGGUAAAGGAAUUUGUAAUUAAUUUCUUUUUUCCGGAGUAAUUUUUUCAUUGUACUUAAUUACAUUUUAGAACAAGUAAUUGUAAUCAGGAAUUUAUUACAUUUUAAAGCAAGUAAUUGUAAUUGUAAUUAAUUCCUUUUUCAAUGGUAAUUUUGCAGCCCUGCUUCUCGGCAGUAUUGUUAUAUACUUUUAAACCAAAUUAUCAAACCUAUAAUAAACAUGCGUUCCACGCACAUAUACUACGUGGCGUAUCACGCUGCGUAUUUUACGUUUUAAAUGUACUAUAAUAUUUUUUUAUUAUUAAUGAUUUUUAAACACGGUAUAUAACCUUUCACAUAGGUGGUUUUCAAAGGGCCGUGCGGAAAAUACAUAUGCAUCAUAAGGGAAGGAUAAGCUAUAUACUAAUAAACUAAAUUAUAGCCUACUUAUUUACAAAAUUACUUAUUUACUUAUAUUUACUUAUUUACAAGAUGUGUGCAUGAUCAUUUAAUAGAUAUAAUGGACAGUUUUUAAGCUUGUUGACACUCUUAGGGUUUUCAACAAGUUUAUUGGGAUGUUGUUCCAAUACGCUGCUCCUCUGUACGAAAAGAUAUUUUUCAAGAAAUUCGUUUUUACUUUAGGCUGAGACAUCUUUUACUGCGCAGUACGUAACUACUGUUUUCACAAGUGUGAAAUAGUUGUGUUAUGUAUUCUGGAAGCAUGCCAUUAAUCGCUUUAAAUUAAUGACAUAAAAAGAUCUCGCUUAUAGUAGCCUAUAGUCCGAAUUUGUUAUUACUCUUGCUGCUCGUUUCUGAAGCUUAUACAAUAUGUCUAAGUGUGUUUGGUUGGUAUUUUGCCGAACAAUUGCAUGAACAGUAGUUAAAAUGAUGCAUGCAUGACUAAUGCGUUAUAGUUAAUUUUUAGCGUAUCUAGGCCAACAAAAUCUUUGGCUUUUCUUAAAAAAUUAAUAUUUUUUGAUAUCUUGUUGCAUUGUUCUUUAUUUUGCCUGUUCCAGCUAAGUUUAUCGUCUAUAACUAUAUCCAUGCAAAACUUCUGUUUUAUAAACUCGUUUAAUUUGAUGUCCGUUUAUAAUGAUAUUUUAGUACGUUAUCUAAGUUUUUCAAUCGUUGCCGAGAUCCAAUAAUUAUAUAUUUAGUAUAUAAUAUAUUUCUUAUAUAUUUUGGCGAUAUUCGAAAUAACUGAUAUUGAUCUAUAGUGUUCACAUAAGGUUUCGUCUUCUGACUUUUAUAUUGGAGUCACUUUGGCAAAUUUCCAAUCAUCGGGAAAUAUUCCUGUUAAAAAGAAAUAGGUUAAACAUUUAAAUUGUUUAUUUAUGUACCGUUUUAAACAUUUACAAAAUCUACCUGAAUUUUUUAAUGGUAAUGGUUUAUUAAUCAUAUUUCAAUAGCAAAAUAUAUAGCUAAAUUAUUAUGUGUUUACAGGAUUAUAAAGAGUAAAAUACAAAACUCUUAUAUAUUAUAAUCAAGACUAUGAAUUAGUAUUUUCUUUAGAAUUAUGUGAGUAUUAUGUAAAAUUAUGGUAGGGCAUAUAAUAGAAUUAGGAUUUUUACGCCAAUUGUACUAAAAUUAUUAUAUUAAUAGUAUAUAUAUAUAUAUAUAUAGUAAAAUCUAAAACACUAUAGUAUAUGUUAAAACAAUUAUAAACCUAUAUCAAAUCUUUCAGUUAAUGCUUUUAUUGUAUUUAUCGAUCGCAUAUACCAACGGACUACUUUUAAAGCGUUCUCAUGUUCUACAAGUAAAAUUAUAAAUUAAAUUACUAUUUGCUCUAGUUUCUCUCUUUUUAAUGUUAGAAUGUUUAUCAGGAAGCAAACCAUGUAGUUCAUGGGUGGGUUGAACCAUAUUUCUGAUAAGGUCAAUACACAGGUGCUUUCUUCGUUCUUUAAGUGGUAUAAGUUUACAUUCUUUUAGGGCUUCAUUGUAGUCCUUUCCAGGGCAGAUAAUCCUGAGCGCCCGUUUUUGAAUUCUUUCGAUGUUGUUGCUUUGGUCUUGGGUAAGGUUUUUAUGCCACACUUGCGCUCCAUACUCGAGAGUGGACCUUAUAACAGCACAACAAAAGGAUUUUAAAUCAUCUUUACACGCGCCAUAAUUCUUAAGGAUCUUUAAAAAAUGGAGUCGUUUAGCUGCUUUUUUGAUGAUAAAUUCAGUAUUUGUGGCCCACUUCAUAUCAUCAUCCAGCCACAUUCCUAGUAAUUUAUAUGACUUUACCCGAGCGAUAGGUUGGCCGUCAAUAUUAAUUGGCGGGAUGGUUGUUUUAUUUUUCCCGAAAUCAAGAAUCAUUUCUCUGCAUUUUUUCGCAUUUAGUUCUAUUUUUUCAUGCUUUGCAAACAGAACUACAUUGUUGACAUUUUCUUGAGUUUUUCCAAUCGGUAUCCCGGAAGUGUGGUCUGAUACUUGUAUCACUUCAGAUAAGGUCGUGUCGUCCAUAAACAUUGUUGUUUCUCCUUUAUCCGUACGAUUUUGGUUAGUUGUUUCGGACGAUUCCCAAUUUGUAACCGAUGGGAGUUGGUUGAUUUUUAUAAUGAAAGCUAUAGGUCCUAAUUUGCUGCCCUGGGGUACACCCCCCCCCCCCAUUUGUUUCCAUUCGCUCGGAUUUUACGCCAUGAUGAGAAGUUAUCUGUGAUCGUCCAUGCAAAUACGACGCACACCAUCCAAUCAAACCUGCAUGGGCGUAGGCCUAUAUCAAUGUCAAUAAAGUUUUGCAAAAGUCGGUUGUGGUCAAUUAUGUCAAAGGCUUUUCUGAAAUCAAGGAAUGAUUCGAACAAUUUUGUUAUUAUUCUCCAUAGCUAGGUACCACUUGUGUAGUUGGAUAAUUAAGGCAAGGACAGCGGACGUUCCAGCAAGACCACCAAAUUGAGAUUCACUAAUUUUGUCAUUAGUGUCUUUUAGAAUCCACUCAACAGCAUAUGAUUUCUGAAGUUUUGAAAAAGUGCUAGUCAAUGCAAUUGGUCUUAGUUCUUCCACUGACGAACAUGGAUUUGAUUUCGGGACACUGCAUAUAUUGAAAAUUUUCCAUAUUUCAGGAAAAGAUUUGCUUCUAAACGACUGGUUGUAAAUGUUAGCUAAUGGCACGGCGAAGUGUUCAGCCAAUGUCUUUAUCACUUUCAUAUUUGGAUCAAAGGGCCAGGUGCUUUAUUGACGUUUAUGUUGGACAAUUUCUUUGCAACACUUUCAAUCGUAACACUUUCACUUUAGGGUAUUCUUUAGUCAAACUCGUAAAGAAACUGUUUAUGUAAUCAGCAGUUUGUUUAUCGUUCAUUGGGGCGUCUGAUAGAGGGUCUGAUAAGUCAAAGUUCUGUCUUUUAUUUCCAACAAUGCGUUUUACAUAUUUCCGCCAUUUAUUUGAGUUUUGGUCAUGAAAGGGUUUAAUAUUUUGUUCAUAGAAUACGAGCUUGGCCCUUGGCUAUACUUCAUACAAAACAUACAAUAAUCUAAGAUGGUGACUAGACAACAGUCUAACAAGCGCGCUGCGCAAAAUUCAAACAUACAUAGCCUAUGUACGCCGACUAAAACAGAAAAAAAAUCAAAAAAUCUAGGACACCAAUAAAUCAACUGAAGGAAAAAGAUGAAGACAAAAGUGAAUACAUGAAGAAAAUUCACGACAUGUUCUCAACAAUGAUGACCAAAUUACAGAAGCUCGAUACUAUAGAAAAUAACAUUAAUGAUCUAAAACAUUCUCUGGAAUACGCGCAAGCAGAAAUCGCCGAUUUAAAGAAAGAAAACAAGGAAAUAAAAUCUAAAUAUGAUAUGGCGACGAAAAAGAUCAACUUAUUGGAGCGCGAUAAUGCCACUAUACAGGAAGAUAAUAGACUUACAAGCGAGGUAUAUGUGUGA